AUGGUUGAAGCCGAGAGAGGUCGUAUAGAGACGCCCACUCAUAGAACGGCAUUAUCAAUUGUUAACCCCGUCAAUAUCCAUGUCGACAGGCUCUCUGUCCAUGUCAACAGCAUUACUGGCGGAUGGUUAGCCCCCAUGAGAUUUCUCAAACAGAAGCUGGGAGGCACCCAGACUGGGAUGCAGAAUCAAAUCUUACAUGACGUCUCGGUUACAUUCCCAAGCGGAAGUGGCAAGACAACCUUGCUUAAUAUCCUCUGCAACCAACGAUCUGCUCGAGGAACCACCAUCACGGGCGAUAUAUUCUCUACGUGCUCUGGUGAUAUACACUCAAUUCGAUCCGCAUAUCUCCGACAGAAUGAUUUUCUUAUCCCAUCUCUGACCGUGCGAGAAACCUUACAAACUGCAGCCGACCUUCGCAUGCCGUCUGGCGAUGCGGCAUAUCGCUCUCAUGUAGUGGAUCAACUUAUCUCUGGUCUUGGUCUAAUGGCCUGUGCGGAUACACGAAUCGGAGAAGGAACAGGGGCCGGAUGCAGUGGUGGUGAAAGGAGAAGGACGAGCCUCGGCGUUCAGAUCUUAGCGAAUCCCUCUUGUCUGUUCUGCGACGAGCCCACAACCGGCUUAGAUGCAGCCAAUGCUUAUCACAUCGUUCAGUUGUUGAAAGAUCUGGCAGGAGAAGGCCGCACCGUAGUUGUUGCGAUUCACACACCGCGCCCAGAAAUAUGGGAGCUCUUCGAUCAUGUCCUGCUACUCUCUCAGGGCCAUGUCCUGUACAAUGGCCCGAGUUCUUCCGUUCGCGGCUAUUUUCAGCAAUGUGGCCACUCCAUACCCGAAUGGAAAAACCCAGCUGAGGUUUUGAUUGACCUCGUAUCCGUGGAAGCUGAAGCAGACGCCGUAUCGAUGGUGUCAGUAGCAAGGAUUAACAAUCUGAAAGAGCGGUGGAAAGCGGCACAGUGUACUAUAGUCGAUAGCUGCCGAGUUUACCCGUGCAGUAGCUCAGUCGUCCGACAUGCUUCAUCUACUUCCCGCAAUCCACUCGUGUCGCUUUCCCGUCAGCUGGAUGUGCUUACGCGGCGCACUAUACGGACAACAUUAAGGGGCCCUAUGAGCUUAUUUGGUAGCUUGUCGAUCACAAUUGUACUGGGAAUAGUGACUGGUGCGGCCUUCUAUCAAGUUGACAGCAGUGCACAAGGACUUUGGUCUCGACAGGGAGCUCUUUUCUCAUUGCUGAAUAUUUACGGGUACCCACUGUUAGUCUAUGAGAUUUUUCGGCUUUCAUAUGAGAUCCGAAUGUUUGAUCGAGAGCGAGAGGACGGGGUCAUUAGUGUUGCAGCCUUUUUGAUAAGCCGCAGGCUUGCGCGACUUGCUCUCGAGGAUAUCCCAGGUCCUGCCAUAUCUUUUGUAGUAUUCUAUUUUCUUGUUGGCCUCUGGGGCACUGCUGCAGAGCCUUUCCUUUUCUUGCUGGUACUGGUUCUAGCCACCUAUAUUUCUCUCACUGCCGCAGUCCUUGCGAUUGCAAUCUCCCGUGAUUUCGCAAUAGCCGGUCUCAUCGGAAAUUUGCUUUACACGCUGCAAAGCUUGUCCAGGGGUUAUCUAGUACAUGUUGACCAAAUUUCGCUCUGGGUGCGAUGGUCAAAAUGGAUAGCGCAUAAUUUCUAUCUUUACAGCGCGCUAUGUGCAAUUGAAUUUGUUGGUCCGGAACAGACGCCACGUGGGCAUCUAUAUAGCUGUUCAACUAUCGCCAAUUCUUCGACCGGCGGCUGUACAGAGUCUUACGGCAAAGAUAUCAUGACGAGCCUAGGAUUUCCUCGCGAGUGGAUCUGGCAACCUAUUGUGGCCUCUUUCGGCUUUCUUAUCUUCUACACUAUGGUGGCUGCUCUGUUGCUUCAGCGCCCUCAAAUGGGAGCUAUCAUGACUCCGGAUCCCCAACUGAGCCGUAGCUCUGACAUUAUUCGAAAUAUAGAGCUUCAACCUCUAACCUCAACGCCAUGGAACCCAGGUGUGGAUAUCCGAUUAAACAAAUUUGCCCUAAGUCUGACUAGGCGAAAUUUGAAACCCUUGGGGAGUCGCGGUCAUGAACGGCCAAUACUCAAACCAAUCAACACCACAUUCAAACAAGGUGAACUUAGUGUCAUUAUGGGGCCUUCUGGGAGCGGGAAGACCACCCUAAUCCACGCUAUCACAGCGCGCCUACCACAGAGGUAUCGAAGACAAGGCCAAAUUCUCUACAAUAGCGAUUAUCUACCGCCUUCCACGAUCAGAACUAUGUGCUCCUACGUAUCCCAGUCUGACCACUUGCAAUCUUUUCUGACUGUCCGAGAAACCUUACUCUUUGCUGCAGGGCUGAGACUCCCUGGAUGGAUGACAAAAGAGCAAAGAUACUCCAAAGUUGACUCCAUUAUCCAUAAAAUGGGUUUGACUUCCUGUGCGGGGACUAUAGUUGGAGAUGAUAAGCAAAAGGGUAUUAGUGGUGGUGAGCAGAGACGGGUUUCAAUAGGUAUUCAGCUCCUGACUGACCCAAGGGUUUUGAUAUUGGAUGAACCGACAUCAGGUCUCGACGCAUACACAGCCGGGUGUAUCUUGAAGAAGCUAAAGGAUCUGUCUGAGGAGGGUCGGACUGUCGUCUGCAGCCUCCUCCAAAGCAUUAUCAUAUACCCAGGAGAGCGCGAUACCUUUAAGUCUGAGCGCAAGGACGGCUGUAUGACCGCAAUAUGCUUUCUCGUGCAGUAUACGUGUCUAGAGCUACCUACAGAGGUCUUCACAGCCUUGAUCUCUGGUGCGAUAUUUACCUUCGGCCCGCCAAUUCAAGGCACCUUGACCAUGUUUUUCAUUUUAUCGUUCAACAUAUUCGCAAUUAUCAACUGCGGUAUCAGCACUACCUUGGCUCCGAUAAUGUUAUACAUCAACUGGGUAUUUGCGGGCCUUCUUAGUACAUCUUUACCACGGGUGUUCCAAGUUGUGGCUUACAUUCUCCCCUCGAAAUAUGUUAUGGCUAAUAUCUUGCCAUACGCGAUGCAUGGUCUGGAAUUUACCUGCAGUGAAGAACAACAACCAGGCAAACAAUGCACCAUCGAGAAGGGUAAGGAUGUCUUGGACUUCUAUAAUUUCGAUAAGAACCCUGGUUUGAAUCUUAUGGGCCUUGCGGUGUGUGUGAUUGUAUAUCGUGCUGUUGCGCUACGCUACGCAAUGAAUUUCUGCUCUCGAGACCCAAUUGAGUUGCCGCCGCUUUAUGAGGGUGCUCACUGCACACUCAUUCAGUGUCCAUUUCAAGGAGCUUUACAUUCCUCCCUUCCCCUCGAAGAUUCCGUCGAACUAGGCGGGCAAGUGGCCCAGACAACUGCCUCCGCCCAUGAAUGA